CCUGAUCCACAUUUCAAUUCAAAAAUCCAUCUUCAACAUGCCCACAAUGGUCUAGUCCUCAAAAAGGUUUGCCAAGGACUUAUUUCAGCAUAAGGACUGUAGCUGAAUCCUCAUCAAGUGAGGGAACAAGGAGGUUUCAGUCCCAUUUCAGAGCAUGCAAGAUCCUUCAAAGGUAAAAAUGACUUUUCAGUGGACAGCGGUCGCAGUCUUUCUAUAUGCUGAAAUAGCAAUACUGUUGCUACUCUGUUUACCCUAUAUUUCUCCCCUGAGAUGGCAGAAGAUUUUUAUGUUUUCCUUAUGGGGUAAAAUUGCGAACUACUGGAACAAGGCGUUUCUUGCCAUUAUAGUUCUAUUAAUUGUUUUAUUUCUUGAUGCAGUAAGAGAAGUGAGAAAAUACUCAAAUGUUCAUAUAGCUGAAAAAAGUACACAGACAACUGCCAGUGCAUAUGAUCACAUUCAAAUGAAACUCUUCAGGUCACAACGAAAUCUUUACAUCUCAGGAUUCUCCCUGUUUCUUUGGCUUGUACUACGGCGUACCGUUUCCCUCAUCACUCUGCUGGCAAAAGAAAUGGGAGCUCAGGUAGCUCUGGAAAUUCAAGUAGCAAACACCAGUGAUGCUGCUAGGAAAUAUCUGGAAGAGAAUGAGAAAUUACAGCGGUCCUUAAUGGAAAGAAGAAAUUGUGUAAAUGACCAGUUGAUUGAAGUAACAAAUAAAAAAUUAAAGCAGGAAGCUGAAAAACUGAAAGCAGAAAUAAAGAAAAGUUCAAUGGUUCUUGGCAAGAAGACAGAUGAAGUGACUGCAGUUAAGAAUAGGGCUGAAAGCCUUAAAAAAGAAUAUGACCAUCUUAUACGAGAACAUACAAAAUUAAAGGACCAUUCAGGUGAAAAACAUGAUAAGAAAGCCCUGUAGCUACAGAAGGAAGACAUUGGGGGGGGGGGGGUCAUGCAUCUUUUGGCAUAAGCAUACAUUUUCUCUGGUUCUUUCCUUACAUGCUACUGCAAUAUAAAACAAGGCUUAUUUUUUAGAGAAAAAUGUACUGCUUUUACAGAUGAGCUCUAUAGUAUAGGUUGCCAAAUAUAUUCUGUGUUGCAAUGUAAAUAGUAAGUUGUCUAGCAGAAACAUCCUGUAAAAGUAUCUUUUUGUAAUCUUGCCUGGAAGAUAUUUUAUAGUGGAAAUUUCCAUUUGAAGAGGCAGUUUCUUUUCAUAUUUUUCACUGAAACAAAGUCAGGGGAUGUCAUACUAUCACCUAUUGCUUUUAAUGUGCAAGAAGAUAUCUAAGUUAUAUCAAGCUAUGAAAUGGUGGUGUGUUAGUCCACCAUGUCAUUAAAAUGCCAUUACAUUGGUUAUUAGGAAAACAAGCAUAUGAAUUUUAUCUCUGUGUGGCAAUCAGUAAAAAGCAUCACAAUAGACUUGAACACACUUUGCAUUUCAUUACAUAGUUCAGUAUGCUUUAAAAGUCAUGUCACUGCAUGGUUUGUAUUUUUCUCUCCCAGUCUAUAAUGUUUAUUUCAAUCCACAAUAUAUUAUGUAGUUUAUACACACACACGAACUUGUGUACAUUAUGUGCCAUCAUAUAUUCUUCUGUGGAUUGUACUUCUGAAAAAUCUUUAACUUACAAAUUGCUAUUUUGUGGAAGCCAAUUAUGUAGUACCUCAUACUAGGUGUCCCCCCCAAAAUCUUCAUUACUUGCAGUUGAAAGCUUAACUUUGUGUGUGUGUGUUGGUUCCAGUUUUUAUUCUAUUGAAUUGUUAAUAAAAGGAUUGCCUGCUUUGUCCUUCUAAAUAUGUAACUGAUACAUCUAGUUCUUACAAAGCUGGGAUUAAUGAUCAACAAAACCAACUGCAUCUACUUUGGCCAGGGGUUUCCAUUCAUAUGAUGUUUGUGUAGAAGAAAAAUAAUUACAUCAGAAAUGUUACAAAAACUAUUUGUGUGAAAACUAAAGUUUGCCAACCUCUAGGAAAUUGUAUGAAAAAGGAACUGAUGCUUUUUGUAAAAAUUCAUUUUUACAAUGAAUUUUGAAUGGCUACUGAAUACAGAUGCCAAAAGUGCCUUGAGUAUCCACAAUUUUAUGUUCAUAUUUAUCUGAAUUUUUUGGGAAAAGAUGUACAUUGUGUCACUAAAUUCCAGAUUUCAGAUUUUUAUUUUGUUCUCUUUUUUUGAAAGAAUGAAAAAUUGGAAUUGGAUGCAGCUAAAACUUAAUUCAGUUGAAACCCUAUAACCAAAUGUCUGAUUUUGUUUCCAGUGUCAUGUAACAGGUAAUAAACUGGUCCUGCAGGGACCUAACCUU